CCCGCCCCCUGUCCGGCCGGAAGGGCCCAACGCGCCGCAGCCCGAGUCCCGGGGCUAGUGCGGGCUCGGCGGCCCCGGGCGCUGUUGCCAUGGCUUCGGUUGCCGCGGUGACGAGGUGGCGGCUGCUGCUGGUGCUGAGCGCCGCGGCGCUGGGGACAACUGGCGCCCCGCAGCCGCCAAACAUCCUGCUCCUGCUCAUGGACGACAUGGGGUGGGGUGACCUGGGGAUAUAUGGAGAACCUUCCAGAGAGACCCCAAAUUUGGACCAGAUGGCUAAGGAAGGGAUGCUUUUCCCUAACUUCUACGCAGCCAAUCCCCUGUGCUCACCCUCAAGGGCGGCACUGCUCACGGGACGCCUGCCCAUCCGCAGUGGCUUCUACACCACCAACCAGCACGCCAGAAACGCCUACACGCCGCAGGAGAUCGUAGGCGGCAUCCCAGACACGGAGCACCUCCUGCCCGAGCUGCUGAAGGGGGCCGGCUAUGCCACCAAGAUCGUGGGCAAGUGGCAUCUGGGCCACAGGCCUCAGUUCCACCCCUUGAAGCACGGAUUUGACGAGUGGUUCGGAUCCCCCAACUGUCACUUUGGACCUUAUGACAACAGGGACAGGCCCAACAUCCCUGUGUACAGGGACUGGGAGAUGGUCGGCAGAUUUUAUGAAGAAUUUCCAAUUAAUCAGAAGACAGGAGAAGCCAACCUCACCCAGAUCUACCUACAGGAGGCCCUGGACUUCAUUAAGAGGCAGCGGGCAGCUCAGCGCCCUUUCUUUCUCUACUGGGCCAUUGAUGCCACACAUGCACCCAUCUAUGCUUCUAAGCCCUUCUUGGACACCAGCCAGCGAGGGCGGUAUGGGGACGCUGUCCGGGAGAUCGACGACAGCGUUGGGAAAGUCCUGAGCCUUCUCCAGGACCUGAGGAUCACGGAGAGCACGUUUGUCUUCUUCACUUCUGAUAAUGGCGCUGCCCUCAUCUCUGCUCCCAAACAAGGUGGCAGCAACGGCCCCUUCCUGUGCGGGAAGCAGACCACAUUUGAAGGUGGGAUGAGGGAGCCUGCGAUCGCGUGGUGGCCUGGGCACAUCCCUGCAGGCCAGGUGAGCCACCAGCUGGGCAGCUUGAUGGACCUCUUCACCACCAGCCUGUCCCUCGCAGGCCUGAAGCCACCCAGCGACAGGGUGAUUGACGGCCUCGACCUCCUCCCAGCCAUGCUGCGGGGCCAGCUGAUGGACAGGCCCAUAUUCUAUUACCGAGGCAACACACUGAUGGCAGUCACCCUUGGCCAGUACAAGGCCCACUUCUGGACCUGGACCAACUCCUGGGAGGAAUUCAGACAGGGCGUCGAUUUCUGCCCCGGGCAGAACAUCUCGGGCGUCACCACCCACACGCAGGAAGAGCACACGGAGCUGCCCCUGAUCUUCCACCUGGGACGAGACCCCGGGGAGAGGUACCCCCUCAGCUUUGCCAGCUCCGAGUACCUGGAUGCCCUUCGCAGGGUCACCCCUGUUGUACGGCAGCACCAGGAGGCCAUGGUCCCUGGACAGCCCCAGCUCAAUGUGUGCAACCGGGCAGUCAUGAACUGGGCGCCCCCUGGCUGUGAGAGGCUAGGGAAGUGCCUGACACCCCCCGAGUCUGUCCCUGAGAAGUGCUCCUGGCCACACUAGCACCCGCUCGGCUGGGCCAGCCUGGACCUCCCACUGGCCUUGUAGGGGUGGGAGGGUGCCGGCCUCAGGGCCUCCACACUGGAAGAGCCCAACUGCCCUCUGCCCCACCCGCCGGAAGGACAUGGCCCACCCCACCCCGCACCUCCAGCCCACAGCCCCAUAUCGGCCCUGAGGCCGCUACUACCUCACGGAUCUCAGCUCCCCGGCCACCCCUGCAGGCCUUGGCCGGGGCCGCACCUCCACCCGGGCCUUGGCGUGGCUGCCCUCGAGUCCUUCAGCUCUGCUGUCAAGGGCAGCCACGCCAAUCCAGGGCUGAGCCCCUUGGCCCUGUGAGGGGCUCCCCAGCACCUACACUGUCCCACAGCCGGGUCGUGAAUAGGAAGCGGGACGAGGCAGAGAACUGCGGGAUCCUCGGCAGCCAGGGCCUCCCGUUGGUGUUCCACCUUCCUUGGGGACCGGGACUCCUGACCCCUGCACACUGCGAGGCGAGUCUGUGCCCUGCAGCUGCCCUGUCCAUCUGCCUCCCCUGCCCCCCCGCCCAGGGUUGCCAAGCCUGAGGACGAGCCCCCCGUGAGCUGUGGCACUGCCUCCCACCGAGCAGGCUGUCCACGCUCUGCAGUGGCUGUCCGGCCAAGGCUGUACUGCUGCAAGACUCAGACAUUAGAAAGAGAACAGUUUAAGAAUAAAGUGUAACAGGCAUUUUAGCUCU